CUCACGACCAUCAUCACUACUGUGCCAGCCAUCCAGGCACUUGGCAGUCGGCAAUCCCUCUCCCUCCCUCACUCUCUCUCUCUCUCUGGAGAUUGUUUGGAAAUGGAGUCGGACCAUCCAACCGGAUCGACCCCAGAAAACCUGGACCAGGCCGCAACCUCAGAUAUUCAUGACCAAGGUGCAAGCCAGGGCAGGUCCUAUGACUGCACCUUCUGCAAGAGAGGCUUCUCAAAUGCACAAGCCUUAGGAGGACACAUGAAUAUCCACAGAAAAGAAAAGGCUAAACUGAAGCGAUUAGUGAAUGAAAGUCAACCGUCUUCGAACAUCCCAAGGGUCACUCCCUCGUAUUCUCCAAUACCUAGGAAUUCUUCAUGGCCAUUGGAAGCCAAGCCUGGAGACGGAAGAAGUCCCACCAAAUGGCCUUGGCUUAAUCCCAGCCAACAAUAUGGUGAUCAUUUUCGUACGAGGUAUGAAACCCGUGUUGGUGACGUCGUCCAGCAACUUCCACUGUUUGUUGAAACACCAAUGUCGGACAAGGAUCAAAGGUCAUGUAGCCAAUUUGAUCAUGGGAAAACUGACGAGGGUUUGUCAUCGCCAUCCACCCGCCGUGAGUCGUCAGGUUCGGAGAUAGACCUUGAGCUCAGACUGGGGGCACCUGAGCCUGAUCAUGAUCAGGAUCCAUAUUCAACAGCAACGGGUACUAAAAAGUUCUUCUGAAUUUGAACAUAUAUAUAUAUAUAGUGGAAUUUUCGCAUCUAUAUUACAUACAUAGAGCACUUUUUUGGUAAUUAUAUUGCAUCCUACAGUAAAGCUAAUUUAUU